AUGAAGAACAUCAUCCUCCUCACCGUCUCCCUUCUCGCGGCCUCCACCGCCGCACUACCUACCCCUUCCCCUUCCACCUCCAACUCUCUUUCUUCUUCCGACCCCGACUGCGGCCGAAGCGGGUACAACUGCGGAGACCCCGAGCCUUCUGACACUGCUGUCUUCAUCACCGGCAGCGGCCGGAGCGGAUACAACAAGGCCCGAGACCAACAGGCCGACACUGACAGUGGCCGAAGCGGUUAUAACAAGCGCACUCCUUCAGGACGGAGCGGCUACAAUAGGGUUCAGGAAGAUGACGACACCCACAAGGCUCGCCGCCGCGACCAACAGGCCGAUCCCGACAGUGGCCGGAGCGGAUACAACAAACGUGUUCCUUCAGGCCGGAGUGGCUACAACGGCGAAGAGAACGGCACCGUUUCCGUCACCAGCGGAAGAAGCGGGUACAACAAGCGCACCCCCAGUGGACGCAGCGGAUACAACGAUGUCGGCGAAGAUGAUGGCGCUGUUUCUGCCACCAGCGGACGUAGCGGCUACAACAAGCGCACUCCAGGCUCUGGAAGGAGCGGGUAUAACGAGGUGGAGGAUGGUGUUGAGAGCAACUAA